CUGAAAUCCAAACAAACAACAAACACAAACAAAAUACGAAGUUCCAAAACAACACACACGAACCCAGCGACCACUGACCCAGUGACCCAGUGACAUCCCACCCACAAACAGCACGCGUGCAGUGAUGGCCCGUGCGGCAACAGCGUGGACCCCCGUGAACAACCCGGGCAAGGCGUUUGGGGAGCGCGUGUUCCUACUGUACGCGCCCGUGUGGAUCACGGCGGUGGCCUGCGUGGUCAUCUUUGGCUUCUAUGCCCAGUUCAGCGCCCGCGACUACUUCCUGUUUGGCGUGGCGUGUGGCCUGCCAGCGUGGAUCCUGCCCGCCAUCUUCCAGCCCAAACACGAUCGCACCCUCCCUCUCACCGAACGCUACUGGUUCAAGGCCAAUGUCUGGUGUGCAGUGUUUUCGUUCAUUGGACACCACUUCCUCACGCACUACUUCUACAAUGUGCUGGGUGCUCAUUACACCAUUCCCAGAGGCUACGAGAUUAACGGCGUGCCAAUGGUCAUGUACUUUUUGACGCACGUGUACUUCCUGCUGUAUCACUCCCUGGCCACGAUGCUGCUGCGCAAAAUCGACUUCUGGAGCCCUCGCCGCUCCCUGCUCUGGCGCGGGCUUGUUGUCUUUGCAAUGGCAUACACCACCGCCAUUCUCGAGGCCUGGAGCAUCUCAGCGUUUCCCCACUACGUGUACCCGGAUGCGUUUGUGAUGUACGCGUACGGCAGUGCGUUCUAUGCCAUGAUGUUUCUUGUGACGUUCCCGGCCUUCUCUACUCUGGAUGAAACUAAGCCACAGCCGCUUUCUUACUAUGUGACACACGCCCUCGCCUGCGGCAUGAUGGUGCGUUGCAAGUGUUGA